AUGUCGUUUUAUAUUUUUUUUAAGAAACGCGCGUGUCCGAGGGAAAAUGAAAUCCCCAAAAUUUUUAAACCCCCACCUUCUUCUCCCUCGUCUCCACCCCUCAUCCACAUCCACUACCUCCAAUCCUCAUUUCCUCUUCUAGCCUCAAACUACGGCGAUGCACCUUCCUUCUCGAAUAAUGCUUCAUUUACCACCAUCGUCCGAUUAUGUGAGCCCAAGGAAUUGACGGAGACGAAGAAGAUUAUGGAUCAAUUGCUUCACAUCAUGUUUAAGAUUGAAGAAUUGGCUCAACUUGCAGAUUCGAUGCGACAGGCUGUGGCUUUGCUUAACGAUGAAGAUGUUGAUGCAAAGUCAUCGUCUUCUUCAAAACACCCUUCCAAAUUUCUUAAUUUUGUUGCUCUUGGCAAUACCAGUGCAGGUAAAUUAGCAGUUUUGAACAGUUUGAUUGGGCAUCUUGCUCUGCCAACUGGUGAAGGUGGUGCAACUCGCGCACCUAUAUGUAUUGAAUUAAAGAGGGAUGGUAACUUAAGCAGCAAAUCAAUUGUAAUGCAGAUUGAUAGAAAAUCCCAACCUGUGUCUGCAGGUGCUCUUCGACACUCAUUACAGGAUAGGCUUAGUAAAGUUUCAAGCAGGAGUCGGGAUGAAAUAUUUUUGAAGCUUAAAACAUGUUUGGAUUCCAUUUGUGUGGUUGUUGGGUGGAUCAUGGGGCGUCCUUUGGACCUAAAUUUUCAACUUUUUGAGACAACAACUCUUAUUAUCACAGUUCUAGUAGUGGCUUUCAUGUUGCAAGAUGGAACAUCCAAUUACUUCAAGGGAGUAAUUCUUGUGUUUUGCUAUUUGAUAGUUGCUGCAAGUCCAAAGAAACUUGAAUGGGAUUGGACCAUUGUGCUUCCUGAUUUGCUGCUAUCAAUGGAUGUUGUGUGA